UAAAUAAAGGACUGAAGUAAAAGAAAAUGUGUUUAAAAAAAGGACGAGGAGAGUUUUGUCAAAAUGAGCAGUAAAAGGCUUGAAUUACGAGGCAAGACAGCAUAAUAUCGACCUUGAAAAUAAAAGGUGGUUAGCAAUUGUUAGUUUUUAAAUACCCUUAGACUUUUAGGUUAAUGCUGAAAAAACUUUAGUGGUGUGUCGAUCUUCCUGACUGUGAAUGUUGCGUCAUCAGCUACCUUCCUUCCUUUUGUCUCAAUUCUCUCCUUUUUAAUAAUUUGGCUCUAUCCUGAAUGAGGGCUCAUGGUUCAUGUUUUGUAUUAUGUCCAGUUUUUCAUUUGUGUGUGUUUAUGGGUUGUGUUUUUCUGGUCUUUGAAGGGACAUUGAAUUGUACAUCAUUCAAAACCCAACAGGAACCUGAAAUGUACUAUUCCAGCAUCUUUUGUGUCAUAGUCUUACUCACUCUCUUGACACCUUUAGCACUGUUCUGUCAGAAUGGGCAGGAUGUGUUUUUGUAAAAAGACCACAUUCACAAAACCCAGGCAGAGCAUCUUUUGGGUGAUAAGUAUAGUGUAUAAAAAAAGAAAAAUUCGGAAUGUUAAUGGCUUUUUUUUGAAAAGCAGGGAAAAUUAGGAGGUUUUAGGAAUUGUAAAGUGUUUCUCAAAAACCUCUAUAAAGGAUGUGAAUGUUACUUGGAUUUCUAGAAAUGUGCAAGUGUUUUAUUUUGUGUUAAAAUCUCUCAUUACCAAAAAGAAACAAAACAAAACCGAAGGGAAAAAAAGGAGGCCAAACAGUGACUCCCUCUAGAGAGAAGACUGAUCAGCGAAGCAGCACAGGCUGCCCAAUUAGUUUUGAAACUGAAGAAGAGACUGGAAGAGAAGUGGAUCAGAGGUUCUGUGUGCACCUUAUUAGCUGCAGUCUCUAAUCCCUUGUUUUCUGAGCUAGGGUUUGGUCAACAAUAACAAUGUAUGUGUCAGGUUUGAGGAUGCUUCUACAGAAGACACUUUUGAGAUGAAUGAUGGUGUUUUUAAAAGGAAACAAAUGAGAACAGGAUACAAUGCAAUGCAGUUCAGCCUGGUAGCUUCCACAAUCAAUUCUGCACAGCUUUAAGAACCAGGCUGCUCCCUGGUGGUAGAGGGUUGGAAAGCACUUAUCCAGACUUCGUUGAUUCCUCGUAAAGAUUACUUGACUGUGGUUCACAUGGGGAUUUUUAGAAAGGUACAUGCUCUUCCUAAAUGGGAUGUGCAAUGCAGUUUAAUUAUGUCCAUCAUAGAAGGUGCACCACAACUAUCUAUCCUCUCUGUUGUAAAAAAAAAAAAAAAAACAAAACAAAAAAACGCUGGCGUGUUUUAAACCCCCACAGUGAGCACAAGCCUCACUCCAUCUUGCAGCAAUGACAGCAGGGCACGUGUUUCUUCACACCUCAAGCCCAAAUGGCAAAACUGUCAGUCACAGAUAAAGAAAGGUUAAUGGGAUUAGAAGUUAGGAGUGGCAAACGUUUAGUCUGAAAGUGCUCUUGUUUGUCCUAAGCCGUAAAGAAAUGCUUUAAAAAAAUCAAGUUUUAUUUAUUUAUUCAUUUAAAAUAUCAAAUGAGUUGCAAAAGUUGAUUCUUUAUGAUUCAAUGACAGCUUUAGACACCAGAAAAUGUAUUUUGGAAAUUCGUUUUAAGUGUAACAUGGAGGCAUUUUUUGCGUAUAUUUCAAAAAUAGUUGAGUUAAAUGUAUUGGCUCGUCUAUGUAUUUUUAGCCAUUUUAAGCACUUGUAACUUUUUUUGUAAUUCACACAGAGCCACAUUCAAAAUUGAGAAAGACAGACCAUAUGGUCGUGGUUUGCUCAAGUGUGAAUUCUCACCUUAACACCGUGGCGCAUGGAAACACUUGCGGACGCGUAAAAGCGCAAUUUGGCACGGGCUGCCGGGCCCUGAUAAAAAGGGGCUUUCAGCUUCAGUCAGUUUCACAACCUCGCACAGACUUUACGAAGAGCUAAUCAGCGCAAGGGGCCAUGCAGAAGGACGCAGACAGCAGUGGAUUACAGUCUGGUUACGCCAGCGAUCACUCCAACACGCAGUCCAGUCUGUGGAGACCGUGGAAAAAGGGAAAUGUGGACAAAUCGGCUUUGAUGACGAACUGCCAAACAGUGCCCCCCCCUGAUGCCAAACAAAAAACUCCUCAAGUCACCCAUCCAGUUAAGUUGUUUUGGCCGAAAUCGAGGUGUUUCGAUUAUCUCUACCGAGAUGCAGAAAUUCUCCUGCGCAACUACCCCGUUCAAGCGACCAUCUGCCCCUUUGCGGAAUCCAGCAGCGACGAGGAAGACGACGACGGGAAUGAGGAAGAGGAGGAAGAGGAGCGGGUGGAGAAGGAGCAGAACUGAAUUUUAACCUUUGAAACUUUUGGGAUCAAACCUGGCUUUGGUGUGGUCAUAUUUAUAAUUAUAAGUUAUUUGUGUAAAUAUAUGUACAGAGCACUCAUUUCUACUAGCAGCAUUGCCUAAGUUAUUCUUUUUUAGUUCACCAUUUGUUUGUGCUUGGUUGAUUAAUGCAAUAAAAUGCACAAAAUGUAA